CUUUGCAUGUGUUGGUGUUGUUGACCAUCCAAUCCAUUUCCAUUAUCGUUUCUUUCCCGCGAACUGUCCAUAUUAUACGUUAAUUGUCUUCGUGUUUCUAAAUUCUAAUGUGAAAAUCGUUUCUUGUGUAUACCAAAAAUGUCAAAGCCAGAACAACCUUCAGAUACAACUGUUGACACCGGCGAGAAUUCGAAUGCCUCAUCUUCGGACACAUUAUCUUCUCGAGGGAAAGGUGAAGACUUCGAGACCAAAUUGGAGAAUGACCGAAGUAAGCGAUUCGACUACUUACUUAAGCAAACAGAGAUUUUUUCGCACUUUAUGAUAUCGCAACCUUCCAAAACUGCGAACAAGCCUAAAAGUGGACGACCGAAAAAAUUGAAGGAGAAGGCUGAUGCUGGUGAACAGUUGGAGCCAGGCGAUCAUCGCCAUCGUAAAACUGAACGAGAGGACGAGGAGCUGCUCGCCGAAUCGAAUGCCAAGACCAAACCGACGGUGCGCUUCGAAUCGAAUCCUCACUACAUCAAAAAUGGGGAAAUGCGAGAUUAUCAAGUGCGUGGACUCAAUUGGAUGAUCUCCUUGUACGAGAACGGUAUUAAUGGUAUUCUAGCAGACGAGAUGGGUUUGGGUAAAACCCUUCAGACUAUUUCGCUCUUGGGUUUCAUGAAACAUUAUAAAAGUGUGCCUGGACCUCAUAUCGUCGUUGUGCCCAAGUCUACUUUGGCUAAUUGGAUGAACGAAUUUAAGAAGUGGUGUCCGAGUAUUAGAGCUGUGUGUUUAAUUGGUGACCAAGAGGCCAGGAGCGUAUUUAUAAGAGAUGUAAUGAUGCCAGGAGAAUGGGAUGUAUGCAUAACAUCAUACGAAAUGAUAAUAAGAGAAAAAUCCGUAUUUAAAAAAUUCAAUUGGAGAUAUAUGGUUGUCGACGAAGCGCACAGAAUCAAAAACGAAAAAUCGAAACUUUCCGAAAUUCUCCGCGAAUUUAAGACCACAAACCGCCUACUACUCACUGGAACGCCGUUGCAAAAUAAUCUCCACGAGCUUUGGUCACUUUUAAAUUUCUUACUUCCCGACGUAUUUAAUUCGGCGGACGACUUCGACGCAUGGUUUAACACAAACCUGUGCCUGGGUGAUAACGCUUUGGUGGAACGGCUACACGCCGUACUCAAACCUUUCCUGUUGAGAAGAUUAAAGUCCGAAGUGGAGAAGCGACUUAAGCCGAAGAAAGAAGUGAAAGUCUACGUUGGGCUUAGUAAAAUGCAGCGAGAAUGGUACACUAAGGUGCUUAUGAAAGAUAUCGAUAUCGUGAAUGGCGCGGGAAAAAUCGAAAAGAUGAGGCUGCAAAACAUUCUUAUGCAGCUUCGCAAAUGUACCAAUCAUCCUUAUCUUUUUGACGGCGCGGAACCCGGUCCGCCGUACACGACCGACGAACAUCUGGUGUAUAACUGUGGAAAAUUGGUUAUACUUGAUAAACUACUGCCAAAGUUAAGGGAGCAAGGUUCUCGUGUCCUUAUAUUCUCGCAGAUGACUAGGAUGUUAGAUAUAUUAGAAGAUUAUUGUCUAUGGCGGCAAUAUAAUUACUGUCGAUUGGAUGGGCAAACGAAUCAUGAAGAUCGACAACGCCAAAUCAAUGAAUUCAACGAAGACAAUAGUGCGAAAUUCGUUUUCAUGUUGUCAACUAGGGCGGGCGGUCUCGGUAUAAAUUUGGCAACGGCGGACGUUGUAAUCAUUUACGAUUCCGACUGGAAUCCACAGAUGGAUCUUCAAGCUAUGGAUCGCGCGCACAGAAUUGGCCAAACCAAGCAAGUUCGCGUGUUUAGAUUUAUAACUGAAAACACUGUCGAGGAGAAGAUAGUCGAACGCGCCGAAGUUAAGUUAAGAUUAGAUAAAUUAGUUAUACAGCAGGGACGAUUAGCUGAUAAUAAAUCGACCACUUUAAAUAAAGACGAAAUGUUGAAUAUGAUCCGACAUGGUGCAAAUCACGUUUUUGCCUCCAAAGAUUCCGAAAUUACCGACGAAGAUAUUGAUACAAUAUUACAAAAAGGAGAAGCAAAGACUGCAGAGCUUAAUCAGAAAUUCGAAGCGUUAGGCGAAUCAUCUUUGCGUAAUUUUACAGUCGACACUCCCAGCGAAUCUGUGUAUAAAUUCGAGGGGGAGGAUUACCGAGAAAAACAGAAGACUACGGGUAUCGGUCAUUGGAUCGAACCUCCAAAACGUGAGCGUAAAGCCAAUUACGCGGUCGACGCAUAUUUCCGAGAAGCUCUCAGAGUGUCGGAACCAAAAGCACCAAAGGCUCCUAGACCUCCGAAGCAACCAAUUGUGCAGGACUUCCAGUUUUUCCCGCCGCGCCUAUUCGAACUUUUAGAUCAGGAAAUCUACUAUUUCCGAAAAACGUUAGGUUAUAAAGUUCCGAAAAACUCCGAGCUAGGUCCCGAGGCGAGCAAACAGCAAAAGGAAGAGCAAAGAAAAAUCGACGACUCCGAGCCUCUCACGGAAGACGAGCAGCAAGAGAAGGAGAAUCUGCUAACGCAGGGCUUUACUAAUUGGACGAAACGGGAUUUUAACCAAUUUAUUAAGGCCAACGAAAAAUAUGGGCGCGACGAUAUCGAGAAUAUCGCGAAGGAAGUGGAAGGGAAGACGCCCGAAGAGGUGAUGGAGUAUUCGGCGGUGUUUUGGGAGCGUUGUCACGAAUUGACGGACAUUGAUCGGAUUAUGGCGCAGAUUGAACGCGGCGAGGCGAAGAUACAGCGUCGCGCGAGCAUCAAGAGGGCGCUGGACGCAAAAAUGGCGCGAUACAGAGCGCCAUUUCAUCAACUGCGAAUCGCCUACGGCACUAACAAAGGGAAAAACUACAUGGAAGAGGAGGAUCGAUUUCUCGUUUGCAUGCUGCAUAAACUUGGUUUCGAUAGGGAAAACGUGUACGAAGAGUUACGAGCGGCAAUUCGGGCGUCACCGCAAUUUCGAUUCGAUUGGUUCUUGAAAUCUCGCACCGCCAUGGAGUUGCAAAGAAGGUGUAAUACUCUCAUCACUUUAAUUGAGAGAGAAAAUCAAGAAUUGGAAGAGAAGGAGAAGGCGGAACGUAAGAAAAAGUUACCCAAAGCUGUUACCAUGCCAGGUUUGCCUACACAACCUCUCAACAAGACUGGACAAAAACGCAAAAACGACAAUAGCAUUGGAAAUGUAGAAAAAAAAAAAAAGAAAAAAUGAGG